GGACCCUGAUCACAAUGGCCGAUAUAAGUCGCCAGUGAUGCCCUUCCCACCGACGACUCAAUCAUGGCUGCUGCGAACAACGAACAGGCUACAGCCGCGAUCUGGCUGGCAGACUUUGCACGUGCUUUCGAACACCGUGAUGCGCAAGGAAUCGCAGCAACAUUCCUACCAGGCGGCUGGCUCAGAGACGUCCUCACCUUCUCUUGGGACACUCGCUCUCUGCGUGGACGCGAGGAGAUCACACGCUACCUCUCCGAAGACAGUCGCCUGUCUGAGGCCCAUGUUACUAACAUUGCCCUCGAGACAGACCCGUUCUUCACGCCGCGCCCAUCGCUGACUCCGUCAGGGGAGCAAGUCGGCGUCGAGACCGGGUUCACGUACGAGACGCGUCAUUCUAUCGGCAGAGGUUACGCACACUUGCGGAAGGCCCAGGGCGGCGCCUGGCAUGCUAUCACCGUUGGAAUGCUCGUGCUUGACCUCAAGACGCAUCCCGAGCCGCAGAACGUCGCGAAAGACUGGGAGUCGGCAGGCAAACCCUGGGGCGAACUCGAGGCCGAGCGGAAGGCCAAGAUCGAGGCGAGCCCGCAUGUGCUAGUCGUUGGGGCCGGACAGUGUGGCCUGAAUACCGCUGCGAGGUUCCGGCAGAUGGACAUUCCGACGUUGAUCAUCGAAAAGAACGAGCGGAUCGGUGAUAACUGGAGGAAACGGUACAAGAGCCUUGCGCUCCACACUCCAGGCUUCUAUUCUCCAUUGCUGUACCAGCCCUUCCCUUCCCAUUGGCCUAUGUAUGCGCCCCGAGACAAAGUUGCGGACUGGCUCGAGUCGUACGCUGUCAACCAGCACUUGACAAUCUGGACGAAGAGCACCUUCGCCGAGCAACCGCGGUACGACGAGGCUGACGGCGUUUGGCACGUUGUUGUUGACCACAACGGCUCGAACGUGGAGUUGCACCCGAAGCACAUUGUGCUCGCGACAGGCACCCUCGGCGCACCACGCAUCCCAGAACUUCCCGGGCGAGAGAGCUUUGAGGGCACUGUGAUCCACGCUGCAGAGUUUGUCGAGUCUGCACCGUUCUUAGGGAAGCAUGUCGUCGUCGUUGGCGCAGGUAACUCGUCAAUUGACGUUUGCCAAGAUAUCGCGAAAGGCGGGGCGGCAUCGGUGACGAUGGUGCAACGCUCGCAGACGGUCGUUGUCUCGCGGAGUUCAGUCGGAGAGGACCUGCAACACUUUUGGAGACCAGGCGAGCCAACUUCAGUUGGCGAUUUCAAGUACUCGGCGCUCCCGCUCGGAUACUUCAAGCAAGUAAACCAGAGCAAUACCGAGGCGCUUUGGGCGCGCGAGACGGUGCUGCACGAGAAGCUGCGCAAGGGUGGGCUCAAGCUGCACCAGGGUCCCGAGAACGAGGGCCAGUUCCUGAUGUUCUUCUCGCGCAGUGGCGGCUACUGGCUCGAUAAGGGCGGGGCCGACCUCAUUGCGACUAACUGCAUCAAGAUCAAACAAGGUUCGAGCCCGACAUCUUUCACAUCUGACGGUCUGGAGUUCUCCGAUGGGUCUACGAUAUCUGCAGAUGCUGUGAUUUUUGCGACGGGCUACGAAUUCAUUCGAAACGUCAACCAGCGUACUUUCGGCGAAAAUGUGAUCGACCGUACGUGCGAGGUCUGGGGAUUCGACGACGAGUGCGAGAUCCAAGGUUGCUUCCGGCCAACAGGCCAUCCAGCACUGUGGUAUGCCGUAGGCGACUUCUUCAACUGCCGGUUCAUGUCCAAGCAGCUGGCUAUCUUGAUCAAAGCUGCUGAGCUGGGAUUGUACGAUGCGGAGAAAGAGCAACGGAAGGUAUCCAACAAAGUUCCGAAUGGCCAUGCAGUAGCAAAGAGUUAAAACAACAGACUGUCGUUCAAUUGUUGUAGCAAUAUAUUAACAAAUUGCCGAGCAUAACCAAUGAAAACGAUGUCGCCGCUGAACGUGUUUGACUGCGUCGAGGGGCAUCUCGCCCCGUGAUAUCCGCUCCUGCAGCGCAUCGAGCAGCGCAACAUCCAGGCUUCGCAGCUCGUCAACCGGGAUACCACGGGCAGCCACCCAGGGGCGGACGAUGCCAUGAGUUCCUGAUAGGAUGAUCUGCAGCCCGGUCUUCUUCGACAGAUACUCUGCGAGGGACCAGCAGCAAAAGCAGCAAUUAUGCGUGCUGCCGAUGGAGACGUAGCCUUGCUGCAGACCGACACUAGGUCAGUAUUGAGCAUGCGCCCGGCCGGUUCCGCUCACCGGGAAUGAGGAGCGUAUGUCCCUGAAAGCACGGCCAUUGUAUUCGAAGAUGUUGCGCAGGUUGGGCAAAAUCUCUUUCGUGUCGUCGAGGAGAAUGCCUAGCAGGGCGGACUCCGCAUGUAUCGAGUGCGUAAGCGUGUGUCGUUGUCGCUGCUGUGAGUCGAAGAGUGCCUUAACACGAUCAGAAAUAGGGCUGUCCUCAGAGUAGCGCCCUAGGACGUCCUGUUGGAUGGAUUGAGGUACAAAGAGGUCCGUCGUCGCGCCGCCCGGCAAGUGGAUGUGGAAGACCUCAACAGGUACAUUGUGCCGAAACACUUCGUGUUGCGCUACCGCGAGGAUAGCGGCAACCCAGGCGACAAUUGCUCUUAAGUAGCGACAAACAUGUUCGCCUUCUGUCUCUUCCCGAUGAUAAGACUCAUCCGCGAGAUCCUGCUGCAAAGCGACUACGAGAAGAGUUAUCCG